UAUUAGCUGUGUUGGAAGUCAGCUGGAAGUGAUGUAUCGACGACAACCAUUCGUGGAUUCAUCACUAUUUUGUUUAGAGGUCUUACAGUCGUGAUGGGCAUAACUAUUGAAUACAAAUAAUUCUAGUAGAUCUUUACUAUAUAUUCACUAAUGAACAACAGUAUAAAAUGUCGCAACACUAUUUUAUUCCUCUUGCAACAAAUUAAUCAACUCACCAGCUUAUAUGGUAGAGGAAGUAAAGGACCAAUCAGAAAGCGUUUUACACUGACAGCUUGGCAGUACGUAGACGGAAGACAUUUUGUGCACGAGGUGUUCAGUGUGUUGUGGGCAAAAUGUUGUACCUGGAAGAUUAUCUGGAAGUGAUUGAGAAUUUGCCCAUGGAGAUGCGAGACCGCCUGACCGAAAUGAGGGAGAUGGAUCUGCAAGUACAGAAUGCAUUAGAUAAUUUAGAUGAUAAGGUAGCCGUAUUUUUCAAGAAGUGUACGCAGCCAAAUGCUCGGACUGACUGGCGUGAAGAACAGUUUACCAAAUUGCAACAAGGUUACUUUAAAGUACUUGAUGAUGCAGAUGAAAAAGUUCAUUUAGCAAACCAUAUACAUGACUUAGUUGAUAGGCACUUAAGAAAAUUAGAUCAAGAAUUAUCAAAAUUUAAGAUGGAGCUGGAAGCAGAUAAUGCUGGUAUUACAGAAAUUUUAGAAAAAAGGUCAUUAGAAUUAGAUACUCCUCAACAGAGUCAGAAUCGUCCAGAUAAACGUCGUGUUAUAGCUGCAUCCAACCCUUCCCAACCAUAUCACAAUGACAAACAGACCAGUACAGAGCGAGUUCUAUCCUCACUUGCCAAUGAAGUGGCUAAAGAGAGUAUAGGUCAACGUCGUACUAAUCCAGCUUCUAAUUCAUCAUCAUCAUCUGUGAAUUCCUUUAACUCAGGAGGAGGAGGCAGUGGUAAUCCAGCAGGUAUCACCUACAGCUUGGGCCAUAUGGGUGCAGGAAGCAAUGCUGCUAUUGCUGCUGCUGCAUCUCAAGCUAUUGCUGCCACACAACAGAUGGCACAGGGUCGCCGUACUCCUAGCAUGAAAGCCAGCAUUGUAUCGAUGAGCAGGCCAGCUGAUAUUGCAAAGGAGCUGUCAUUUGGUAAAGAAAUUGCUUUCAAUUCCAGUGCUAAUUGUACACCUACACCACCAGUAGUAGAAACUGCUCCGAUUAGCAGCGGAACUACUCCAAGGGCGCCACGUUCAAAGAAGCGGCGAAUAACCAAACAGUCAAAAGCAGCAGCGGCGGCGGCAGCUGCUGCUGUUGCUGCUGCCAACCAGCACCAACAAGCAGCAGUGGUGGCCCAACAGGCUGCUCAGCAGCAGCAGCAACAACAACAACAACAGCAGCAACAACAACAACAGCAGCAGCAGCAACAGCAGCAACAACAGCAACAGCAACAACAACCACUACCACCACCAUCUCAGCAGCAGCAGCAGCAGCAGCAGCAGCAACAACAGCAGCAGCAGCAGCAACCACCACCACCACCACUGCCGCAGCCACAGCAGCCGCAGCAGCAGACACAACCAGCACAGAUUCAACCUGCCCAUCUAGUAGUGGGUAGUAGUUCAAAUACAACUAUCACCUCACCGCAGAUAGGGGCCGAGGAAUAUUCUAAUGAACUUCAGAUAGUUGAUGAGAAUGGUCAGCCUGUUGAUUGGCAAGACCCUAACGAACCUCGUUACUGUAUAUGUAAUAAUGUUUCCUAUGGAGAUAUGGUUGGCUGUGAUAACGAUGAUUGUCCAAUGGAGUGGUUCCAUUAUGGUUGUGUAGGACUUACUCAAGCUCCGAAAGGUAAAUGGUUCUGUCAACAAUGUACACUGGCAAUGAAGCGCAGAGGCAGGAGGUGACUGGAAUACUUACAGUGUAACUACAUGUCCACUUCUCAACUCCUCGAUUCUGCUUUGUUGGUCUACAAAGAGCAACGAGAUGAAGAAGGCCAAAGAACCGCAGGAGAUAGCCAGCUGCAGUGCAGCAGGGGAAGCUAUCGUGAAAACUGAAGCAAAGAAGUGAGACUGACCCAGACUGUGAACAGAGCACAGGGUGCAUACAACGAUGUUUUUUGUUUUAAAAACUUCUAGCUACCAGCCUCUAACUAUCUCAACUUUUCCUAAUCUAUUUCUCUUUCUCAUUAAUUAAAGACCUGUCCUAGUCUGUGACAGAUCUUUUGUUACUCUAGUGUGGUUGGAACCUUUAGAAGUAACCCUUUUCAUCUCUUGCAAACCCUGCAAUAAGGCUUGUACCUCACAAACACUGCUCUGUCCAAGACAGCCCUAUCUUUUUUGCUAACCGUCCACUAGGGUUACACAAGAGACUUUCCAUGCUGCUUGCAUACGGUUCAAGAACGUAUAGUGAACUUUUGGCUCUUAUUCUCAGGGGUCAGCUUCAUUCAUUACCUCCUACUUGUUGGUCUCUUCACACCUAGACAUGACCCCCACCCUUAAACCAUUUUGUAAUUCUAUAACAAAUGCUGCAGUUGAGGCCAUUAUGUUGUGUAAGCAGUGCAUAUUAUAUAUGUAAUUAUGCCACAGCAUGCUAUUGUCUAGGUUGGCUUUACAGUUUAUUGUGUGUGUAUGUGUGUGGUGUGUAUGUAUGUCUGAAGAUUUCUGGUUCAGUUUGAACAUUACUCAUUUCUUCUAGAUAGCUUUUUUGAAGAGUAAUAAACCCCACCCACCCACUUUUCUGUCUAUCUUUACUAUCCAGCAGCCACCAUACCUGUUUUUAACUUGAUAAUGAUUAUCUAUUCACACAACUGUUUUCAUGGUCUUAGUGUGUCAGCUUUUUUGACUUCGACCAGUGGUGGUACGUUUAUAUUUUCUAACACACUGGGUUGUGUCCCUUGUUUAUCAGGGGAGGACAAAAAAAAACAAACAAAAAAAACCUUCCCAGGCUUCAAACACAGCAGUACUUCCUUCCAUUGCAUGUAUGUAAUGUGUUGGAGCCAGUAAAACUUUAUCUGGCUUGCAUUAGUGUGAGAUUUGGCAUAUAUCCAAUGGUCAAGGAUUCCUUGGUCACUCUGAUGAAACACUACUCACACUUUUUACUCAGGUUCUCUCUUUUGUUGUUGCUUUUAUGUAAUUUUUGAUAAAAAAAAAACAUUUUUUUGUUGAUUUUAUAUUGUGUAAACAAUGUUAAACUACAUAGUUUUAUAUUGUUUAAAAUUAAAUGACAAUUGGAAGGUUUACUGGUUCUGGCCAGCUUGAAUAGUUGUGCAAUGUCUACUGUAGCAAUACAUAUCCAGUUGUGUUGCUAAUUGAGGGUCAUUGCUGGCUUGGAUGUCUCUGCUCUACCCUCUGGCAUGUAUUGCUGUCAGUGAAGCUUUAUAGUCAACAUUUCGUCGAUACAUAGUUAUUUUGGUCCAUUUUUUUUAGCAUGUCACACUUCAACACAGAAUUUACUAUUGAAAGUUAUUUGUGACAAUGUAUUAGUUUUAGUAACCAGCAGAAGAGGGAAGCCCUAACCUCAUGAUUACUGCUGAUUAUUAUUAAUCUUUGUAAAUCAUCCCACACUAUGUGAUGACUACUACUACUAUUACUAUUGAUAAUUGUCACACUCCUAGUAAUACCACCAUCACUCUUGUUUCAGUUGAGCUCUAGCUAUGUCUGAAAUAUCUCACUGCUAACAUUGUUGAUCUCACUCAGUUGAGUGAUCAAUAUUUAUAAGGAUUUCACCAACACUAUAUCUAGCCAUUCUUCACUCCCUCUCUAAAUACAUUGUGUCUGUGUGUAAUAACAAUGUGUGUGCGUGUGUAGAGAGAGUGACAGAGCGAGAGAGAGAGAGAGAUUGCAGAUUAUGUUCUGUAUGAGUGUUGUGAACUGCUGCUACUAGGCAGCCUCAGCACUACCAAGAAGAACUCUGUAUGUAGGUCGGCUAUGAAACAAGGUGAAGGGGUAAGCUGUUAUAUGCUGGCUGUGCUUCCCUUUAGUGCUGGCUUCAUUGCAGCUGCCCUUGUACUGAAGCUACCAUUCCUCACUGAUAAGAUCAAAAUUGUAUUAAAUUAUUCAGUAAGGAACA